AUGAUUCUUCGGGGUAUGGCAAGAGCUUCUUGCUUCAGUGCAAGAGCCUCACUCCGACCGCAGCCGUGGAGCGCAUCCCGAGUUCGUUUCCGCGCUUUCACAAAUACAAGCACGCUCUACAAAGAUGAUUCCCAACGAACUACUAUUCAGAGCCAGGCUCUUAGACAGCCAAGGGCUGCAGACGAUAUACCGGGUACGAAACCAGAAACUGCUCGCAAGCCUGGGCCAGCGUCCCCGACCAAUACCCGGAAAGACCCAUUGGCUUUGGCGGACAAGACAAACCAAGAGCAGCGCAAGGCCGACUGGGCUAUCAUGAAGGAGAUGGCACAAUAUCUAUGGCCCAAGGACAGCCUGGGAACAAGAUUCAGAGUUGGACUUGCUGUGGCCCUGUUACUUGGUGCUAAAAUACUGAAUGUGCAGGUGCCAUUCUAUUUCAAGAGUAUUGUGGAUUCUAUGAAUAUCGACUUUGUAGCCGUGGGGGGCACUGCUACUACAGUCGCUGGUUCAAUGAUCUUGGCAUAUGGUCUCACCAGAAUUGGGGCUACGCUCUUUCAGGAAGCUAGGAAUGCUGUCUUUGCAAGUGUUGCCCAGAAGGCUAUUCGACGUGUGGCUUGCAACGUCUUUGAUCACUUGUUGCGGCUAGAUCUGAAUUUCCACCUUACCAAACAAACGGGUGGCUUGACAAGAGCUAUCGAUCGAGGAACCAAGGGCAUCAGCUUCCUCCUCACAUCUAUGGUUUUUCACGUUCUGCCUACGGCGCUAGAGAUCACCAUGGUCUGUGGAAUCCUAACUUACCAAUACGGUGCCAAAUUCGCGGCAAUCACUAGCUUGACAAUGGUUGCAUAUACAGCUUUCACAAUAUGGACAACAGCUUGGAGAACUAAGUUUCGAAGACAAGCCAACGCGGCAGACAACAAGGGGUCAACCGUUGCAGUUGACUCAUUGAUUAAUUACGAAGCCGUCAAGUAUUUCAACAAUGAAAAGUACGAAGUUGGCAGAUACGACCAAGCACUCAAAGCAUAUGAGAAAUCUUCCAUCAAGGUCGCUACUUCAUUGGCCUUUCUAAAUACGGGACAGAACUUGAUAUUUUCAAGUGCCCUAACAGCCAUGAUGUACCUUGCUGCAGAUGGUGUAGCUACUGGAACUUUGACUGUUGGUGACCUAGUCAUGGUCAACCAGCUCGUUUUCCAGCUCUCCCUCCCUCUCAACUUUCUGGGAUCCGUAUAUCGCGAAUUGCGACAGUCCCUUCUUGAUAUGGAGACCCUCUUUAGUCUUCAAAAGGUCAAUGUGGCUAUUAAGGAGGUUCCUAAUGCCAAACCACUACAACUUACAAAGGGUGGCGAGAUCAAAUUCGAGAAUGUAACCUUUGGAUACCACGCGGAUCGUCCAAUCCUGAAGAACCUCAGCCUUACUAUUCCUGCUGGCAAGAAGAUCGCGGUUGUGGGACCUAGCGGAUGUGGCAAGUCGACCAUCCUGCGCCUCCUUUUCCGCUUCUACGAUGUGCAGGAAGGUCGAAUUCUCAUUGAUGACCAGGAUAUACGAGAAGUGAGCUUAGAGUCGUUGAGAAAGGCUAUUGGUGUGGUUCCUCAGGAUACUCCUCUGUUCAACGACACCAUUGAGCACAACAUCCGUUACGGUGACAUGAAUGCACCACCGGAGAAAGUCCUCGCAGCAGCACAAAGGGCUAAGAUCCAUGACAUUGUGUCCGCAUUCCCAGAAGGUUACAAAACUAUGGUUGGAGAACGAGGUAUGAUGAUCUCUGGUGGGGAGAAACAGCGGCUGGCCGUCUCGAGAUUGAUCUUGAAGGAUCCUCCACUGCUAUUUUUCGAUGAGGCUACGUCAGCAUUAGAUACACACACUGAGCAAGCUCUCAUGGCAAACAUCAACAGCAUCCUUAAAGAGAAGGCGAGGACUAGUGUAUUUGUUGCACACCGAUUGCGAACAAUCUACGACAGCGACAAGAUCAUCGUACUAAAGGAGGGCCAUGUUGCACAGAGUGGUACCCAUCGGGAAUUAAUAGACACUGGUGGGGUAUACUCCGAGCUUUGGAGUGUACAAGAAACAUUAUUCGAUGAGGAGGGGGAGGAACGUGAAGUUAACAUUGAAGACGCUGAUGUAGUCGAGGAGAGGCAAGAUCGACCGACAACUUGA